AUGGACGGAGAAAACGUUGACCCAGUACGCCCAAGUCUGGCUGGUUCCCUUGAUACUCUGUCUCGCUCGAAAUCAUAUUGGAAAGAACUAUUUGCUCGCGCACAAUCGACAACGACAAUUCCAGAAUCAUGCUUCAAUCUCAAAGCUCUACUGCUGAACAACAUCCCUUCUAUUCCACAGUCCCAAGAUGUUCUAGAACGCUUUAAAUAUGACAUGAUGCUCAUUGAAGGGUAUGCAAAAUGGGAUAUUUCACCGGAAUCGCUCAUAGACAAACAAGACUGCGACCUACCCUCCACCAAGCAAACACCCACACUGGAUAUUUCAAUCGCGAAAUUGUUACCCGGUAAACUGAACCUUACCGAUGAUCCUGCAUUGCGAUUCACUUCCGAGGACCGAGGGGACUAUAUUGGCCUGUUCGUUUUGGGUUGGCUGUAUAUUUUGUCUGUCCGCCUGAUCGAACUGCGUGGAAAGGAUUUGGAUGAUCGAGUUUCAUACACUGGAACUGCCGCCGAAAGCUAUGUCCAUGGGAAAAGGUCCGGCACUGGCAGUGCUGGGGAAGCGGUCCCAUUGAAUAUUGGGGCUCGAGAUCAUUCAGAGCUCCGAUGGUGGACUGCAAUCCUGGCUAAUGGAGAGGGAUGGCAAGCAAUACUCACCCGCAAUGGCACCGCGUACCGUCCAAUAUGGGAGUUCCAUCUUCAAGAUGCCUCUUUCAGUGUCUCACAAAAUGCGGAUUUCCCGUCUUCUGCAUGCCAGUGUCAUUGCCCAUCCUCCGAGGAAGCUCUGAAAUAUUUGUUCAACUUUGCGCGGUUGAAUGGCGUCCUUGACCAGCUUAUCAUUGGCCUAGCUUCCGCUUUGAUCCUUCCGUCAUGCAAUAGGUGGUCGUCAGGUACAAGACAUCUCCUGGUGCCGAAAGAACCCAAAAAUAAUUAUUCGAGUGAUAACACAGCUGAUAUAUCCCAUGAUCAGUUGCCCAGCUUCUCUGAGAUUCCUCACUUGAUGACUCUCUCUGCUCUUUCAACAAACAUUGGCUCAGACUUGGCGAAUAGCUUUUGGGAGAAAGAUAUUCCCUGCAAUCUAGUCAGCGAGUGGCUCAACCCAGUCUUCGAUGAGAUUAUUCCAUCUCUUUUGGAGAAGAAAGAUUACAAAACAAUUAUUUUGGCGAUGGCGGAACGCAGACCAACAUUGGCGCCUCUUUGGCUAGGAGCAUCUGUCAUGGGAUUCCUACCGAGGGUGCUCAUUGAAUCAAGAAGUUUAUCUCGAGCCUGGCCAGAAACUAUUAUCUGGACUGCAUCCUCACAAUGCUUCAUGGAUCCUCAAAAUUUCGGAACUGUGUCUGUUCAACGUGGCCCCGAUGGCAAAUAUAUGAUUCCCAGGGAGGAUGAAUUUCGACUGCUCUAUUUGCUCGAUCUAGAGGGAGAAGCCUUCAAGUUUCCCCCAGUGGUUUCAUAUCCUCCAUUCGGCUUGACCAGUGUUGAAAGUUGUUCGAUUAUGGUCAGGAAGCAUUAUAGUUGUGGCCAUAGAUUUCGUUAUCUUUGUUGGCAAUGGAAGUGUGUCCAGAAUCAGAUAUUGUGCGAUACGGGGAUCUCCCAUGGAGGCCACAGGGUAAUAACGCAGCCAUUAGCUCUCGCAGUUGUGACAUCUUCCCCUAUACCAGAUAUAAUUUCAAGAGGUCCGGAAUUCGAUGAAAGUCUGUCGGAAAACGCGACCUCGAAUGUAUUUGUGUGGCCGUGCCACACCGAGGGAACGAAGCCUGAAGACAGGGCCCUUUGGAAGUACGAAUGGCUUUCCUGGUUCCUCGAGCCCGAGGAUUAA